AUGGCGCAGUCUCGGGCUAAGGAGGCGUCCCUGGAGAACGUCGGCACCAUCAACAUCUCCACUGCCGCUAUCCGCCGUAUGGAUGACUCUGCUCCCGCCAUUGCAGGCGUCAUCGGCUAUCCCAACACCCAAAACCUCUACCGUCUGAUCAGUGCCGAGUGCAGUGCGACCCGGGAUAUCAUCAUUGCCUUCUACCGAGAUCGUGACAACAAAUUUGGGUUUGCCAACUCGACCCAGGUCACUCCAGGCCUCCGCUUUAUCCGCAACUCCCUUGUUCUCCUUGCGGUUAACCAUGCCGGUAAAUACGGCAGUGUCCUGCUGUCCCUGUCUCCCCCGGAUCUGUCCACCCCCUUUGUGGAGCCCACUAAUCUCUUUGACCUCCGUGCGCUGUGGUACGUCCGCCGCCUUCUCCUCUCCCGCUCGCAGGAUCUUGGCCGACGGAGCCAACUUCUUAAGACCCCCUUUUACUUCGACGCUAAGGAGACUCUGGUCUGCUGGAAGAUCCUGAUCUACUUCUCCCGCCAAAUCUCAAAGGCUCGCAGUCUCGAAGCCUACCUCACCGCCACUCCUCACAUCCGCCCCGCCGUCCCGCCUGAGCUUACGAGCUCGCGGCCUGGUCCCGCCAGUCCAACCUCCACUCUUACCCCCAGCUAUGGUACGUCUGCCCAGUCCCGCGAUGAGACGCAAGCCCUCCUGGACCUCCUCAAGCUAUACCCCUCGGACCUUCCUAACGAUGCUGACGAGGAGCCGCUUACUAGCUCUAUGGAUACCGUCCCUUCGGAGCCUGAGUACCGAGACCUAGUUGUUGGACUCACCACCCAGCUCCUCAAGCCUACCACCGCUCGGUUGAACCGCGCGCCUCUUACGCUCACUGACGUCCACGAGCUCCACCGCCACCUCUGCAGCCCCGAGUUCUUCAACAAUUCGGUCCUUCGCGCUGCUCCCGAUGAGGUCCCUCCUAGCCUGCAGCCCAAUCCCCAUCUGCAGACCGCGAUCUCGUCGAGCUCGGCGUUAGUCGCUCUCUCUGUCCCCGAUGUAUCUCUCGGCCCCUCUACUGGCCAUGCCGAUGAGACUGCCGACGAUAAGCCAAUUCCACUGGCUGACCCAGCCGCGCUCACUUGCGCCCGGGAUGUGUCCCUCGAUCGUCUCACGUAUCCCUUUGAUCUCGCAACCCGCCAUACGCAAAUUCCAGUCAACAGCGACGGGCAGCCGGUGCUCACCCCACCCUCCUCAUACCCGGUCUCCUCUACGAUCCUUAAGCCGUGGCAGGUUACGGGUGUGUCCUGGAUGCUCCAGCAGGAGGCCAGCCCGCUCCACGGCGGGAUCCUCGCUGACGCAUGUGGCCUCGGGAAGACCCUAACCGCACUCACGCUCAUCUACCAGGCGGCCCUCGUCCAACCCCGGCCCCCAUACCGGCCUACCCUGAUCCUAGUGCCCUCGGCCCUGAUCGAUACAUGGCUCCUGGAGAUCGAGCGCCACUUUGGGGACGCCCUGACAGUCCGGCUCUUCUACGGUGCCAAAACCCGUACUGGCGAUUCCGAGCGUAAGCUGAUGCUGCUCGAGUCACUCGGCGAGGUCCAAGCCUUCCUCGGCCGCUGCCCCCCAUCAAACCUCCUCGGCGCGUACCGUGAUCCUCUCAUCAUACAAUACCUGGGCCACGCGUACCACCACCGAGAUCGACGAGAAUGGCGCGCCGACGCACCGCGCCCGGAAGGCCACGCGGAAGGAGACCGACCCCAUGGCCCUUGA